AUGUGGACCAAUGGAGCAAGAAUCUUUAGGAGCAGCAGUCCAGAGAUACAGCCACUCGAAGAAACCUGUAAAGAAAAAUUAGAGCACGGCACAAAUGAUGAAAGAGAGCACGGCACAAACCAUUCUACUGGUGAGUCAAGCGAGGACUACCAGUCUGAUGAUAAUGACAAUACAUCCUACAUACCAGAACAAUCGAUUGAUCUCGAGUCAUCAUUAAGAAACAUAAAUUUACGUCCACGGAGACCUAUUAAGUAUGCAGAAACAGAUGACCAUGAUCUUAAUUUUAAGCAACGAAAAUGGAGGCACUCGGCGAUAUUUUGCAGCCUUACAAGGACCCAGUGGCGA